CCCGUGCCGUACCAGAGGACAUCCGGCGGCGCCAUGCCCGAGAUCAGGGUCACGCCGCUCGGGGCCGGCCAGGACGUGGGCCGCAGCUGCAUCCUGGUGUCCAUCGCGGGCAAGAACGUCAUGCUGGACUGCGGGAUGCACAUGGGCUUCAAUGAUGACAGACGCUUUCCCGACUUCUCCUACAUCACACGCAGCGGCCGGCUGACUGACUUUCUGGACUGUGUGAUCAUCAGCCAUUUUCACCUGGACCACUGUGGAGCACUCCCCUACUUCAGCGAGAUGGUGGGCUACGACGGGCCCAUCUACAUGACCCACCCCACCCAGGCCAUCUGCCCAAUCCUGCUGGAGGACUAUCGCAAGAUUGCCGUGGACAAAAAGGGCGAGGCCAACUUCUUUACCUCCCAGAUGAUCAAGGACUGCAUGAAGAAGGUGGUGGCCGUCCACCUCCACCAGACUGUCCAGGUUGAUGACGAGCUGGAAAUCAAGGCCUACUACGCAGGCCAUGUGCUGGGGGCUGCCAUGUUCCAGAUUAAAGUGGGCUCGGAGUCUGUGGUCUACACGGGUGACUACAACAUGACCCCCGAUAGACACUUGGGGGCCGCCUGGAUCGACCGGUGCCGCCCCAACCUGCUCAUCACGGAGUCUACCUACGCCACCACCAUCCGCGACUCUAAGCGCUGCCGGGAGCGUGACUUCCUGAAGAAGGUCCACGAGACCGUCGAGCGCGGCGGGAAGGUGCUGAUUCCCGUGUUCGCCCUGGGCCGGGCACAGGAGCUCUGCAUCCUGCUGGAGACCUUCUGGGAGCGCAUGAACCUCAAGGCCCCCAUCUACUUCUCCACGGGCUUGACAGAGAAGGCCAACCACUACUACAAGCUCUUCAUCACCUGGACGAACCAGAAGAUCCGCAAGACCUUCGUGCAGAGGAACAUGUUCGAGUUCAAGCACAUCAAGGCCUUCGACCGGGCUUUUGCCGACAACCCAGGGCCGAUGGUAGUGUUUGCCACCCCCGGCAUGCUGCACGCCGGCCAGUCCCUGCAGAUCUUCCGGAAGUGGGCGGGCAACGAGAGGAACAUGGUCAUCAUGCCUGGCUACUGCGUGCAGGGCACUGUGGGCCACAAGAUCCUCAGCGGGCAGCGCAAGCUGGAGAUGGAGGGUCGGCAGGUGCUGGAGGUGAAGAUGCAGGUGGAGUACAUGUCCUUCAGCGCGCACGCAGACGCCAAGGGCAUCAUGCAGCUGGUGGGGCAGGCGGAGCCGGCCAACGUGCUGCUGGUGCAUGGGGAGGCCAAGAAGAUGGAGUUCCUGCGGCAGAAGAUCGAGCAGGAGUUCCGGGUCAGCUGCUACAUGCCGGCCAACGGGGAGACGGUGGUGCUGCCCACGAGCCCCAGCAUCCCCGUGGGCAUCUCGCUGGGGCUGCUGAAGCGGGAGAUGGCACAGGGCCUCCUCCCAGAUGCCAAGAAGCCCCGGCUCCUGCACGGGACCCUGAUCAUGAAGGACAGUAGCUUCCGGCUGGUGUCCUCGGAGCAGGCCCUCAAGGAGCUGGGCCUGGCGGAGCACCAGCUGCGCUUCACCUGCCGGGUGCAGCUGCAUGACCCACGCAAGGAGCAGGAGACUGCUGCCCGCGUCUACAGCCACCUGCGCAGUGUCCUCAAGGACCACUGCGUGCAACACCUGCCCGACGGCUCCGUGACUGUGGAGUCCAUCCUGGUUCAGGCCGCUGCCCACUCCGAGGACCCUAGCACCAAGGUGCUACUGGUUUCCUGGACUUACCAGGAUGAAGAGCUGGGGAGCUACCUCACGGCGCUGCUCAAGAAGGGCCUGCCCCAGGCCCCCAGCUGAAGCCACCACCUGGGCUGCCCUGAGCCGCCCUGUGCCACCGGAGGACCCAUCUCUGCCCCCGGCCCACGCCUGCCCCAGCCGUCCCUUCACUGCCUGGGAUGUCCACCGUGUCAAGUGCCUACUCGCGUGUCGCCGGCCAGCCUGGGGGCUGAACAGACCUGUGGGCUUUGGACCUUUUAUUUCUCUUCCUGGACCCCCAGGACAUUCCAGUAAAGCACAGCCAGAAGCGCCGGCCCCAGUCUCCCUCCUGUGUUGUGCGUGCGUGCUGCUGCGGG